AUUAACCAGCGCCUUUAACAUAACCCUGAAGUCUAUAACACUGCGAGAAACUACAAUUCAAAAUUUCAAAAUCAUGAACAGAGUCGCUUCAUUUUUGCAGACUUGAUUUUAAUUUUAUGAUAUAAAGGGUUUUGCUUUGAUUGAUUCUUCGCUUCAGGCUGCUCUCUAAGCUAGGGUUCGGGGUUUUUGUGUUCUUGAUCAAAUUAGGGUUUUUCUUUUCUUUUUUCUUUUCUUCUUCCUGUUCAUAGAAGAACCAUAGAAGAAGAGGCCAUGGCGACAGAAUCAUCAGAGGGAGAAGAGGAAGGGAAGCUGACAGGAGGGAACCAAGUGCUAACAGUGGACGAUGAUCUCAGAGAAAUGGGCAAGAAGGCCGCUUGGAGUGUCAGCUCUUGCAAGGCCGGCAAUGGCGUCUCAUCUCUCCGUGACGACAAUCUUGAUACUUAUUGGCAAUCGGAUGGUGCGCAACCUCAUUUAGUAAACAUUCAAUUCCAGAAGAAAGUGAAGCUCCAACUUGUUGUUCUCUAUGUGGAUUUCAAGCUUGAUGAGAGCUAUACACCUUGUAAGAUCUCAAUUCGUGCCGGGGAUGGCUUCCACAACUUGAAGGACAUAAAAACUGUUGAGCUCGAUAAGCCAACGGGUUGGGUUCAUAUAUCAUUGUCUGGAAAUGAUCCUAGGGAAACUUUUGUCAAUACUUUUAUGUUGCAAAUCUCCGUGUUAUCAAAUCACCUUAAUGGAAGGGACACUCAUGUGCGGCAGAUCAAAGUUUACGGCCCUCGACCGAACCCUAUUCCGCAUCAGCCAUUUCAGUUUACUUCAAGAGAGUUCAUCACCUAUUCUUCUGUGAGAUGAGAAAUGUGACCUGGCAUAGAAAGAAACAGAUGGGAAAUGUUGGAGCUUGAACUGAAACCGGGAUCGAAUCCAUAAACCAUAACCUAAUCACCAUGAGGAAGUUUCUCUGUGUAAUAUCUGUAACAUUAUGAUGUUAUGUCCACCGGCAAUGAAAAAUGUUGUUUGGUACUUUUAUGGCAUGAUUUGAAUUUUCAUCUGAGUUCUCUAGAACAGCUUUGAAUUUUUGUUUCCUCUUUUGGUGGGGGUGUGAGCUGUGC